GUUGGCAACUUUUUGCCUGUUGUCUCGUCAUUGUUAUCUGUCUGUCCGUAUGCGCUCUCGUGUGCCGCCAGCCGUGUUGUGUUUCUCUCGUCGGGAACUCGCUCGCGUUGUGGCGAGCGUGUUUACGGCGACGGUUGACAACACGGUUUCGCCUGUCGUGAUUUGAACGUGACCGUCCGGCGUCGAGCUUGAGUUUCCUUCGCGCGGUGACACUCGUGAAGGUCACUCAUUGGACAUAAAUAUGGCUCGAGAGAAACGGACGGCCACGUUUAGCGCGAAACAGCCGCAGCUCGAUUGAACGAGCGGUACCAACGCCGUGCGAGCCGCGCCGGGCCUCGGCGCUAAAUGCGGAAAUGAAGGAGCGAAAAUGGGUGAAGAAAUCCGUGGAAGCUUGUACGGCCAUAUUUAGCGCUAAGCUCGCUGAGCGAUGCGACAAGAGAUCGUCCCGGCGAUCGCUGCCGACGCGUCGUUAAUUGGCGAUUAUAACUGCAGAGAACCUUCCGCGUUCUUCAGGCACGACUGUCGCGGGCUUGUGAGCUUAUCAGAAGCUCGCAAGCUUGUAGUACCGUUGUUGAGUCUCAACGACAUGUCUGUCUGUGGGUCGGUUGCUUCAAUUCCUUGCAGGGACAAUGACGGCCGAUUCUGAUAAAGAUUGCAAUCACUGUUUGAUCUGCGACAACAAAGUUGGCGUGUCCACUAGAAACAGUGUACGCAUCUUCAACACCACCACUGACUCUGGGAAGCUGCUGAUUGAUAUUAUAGCAGUUAUCUUGGAGAUUGAUAUCAGUGAGGACUCUGUACUUUCCUUUGUGAUUUGUAAAAAAUGUUACAAACUUUGCAAUGAGUAUGAUGAACUUCAGGAUACUUUAGCAAAAAUUAAGACUAAUCUAUUUAAGACUUACAAGAAGACGAGGGGAUUUUCUGAGUUUCAAAACGAAACAGAAUAUAAUGAACAUGACUACGCAGACAAUACAGAAAGUCAAAGUACCAUAGUGGAGGAUAUAGAAGAAAAUAAGGACUAUAUAAUGGAGGAUGAUGCGCAAGGAGAAGAAGAAGAAGAGGAGGAGGAGGAGGAGGAGGAGGAGGAAGAGGAGGAGGAGGAGGAAGAAGAAGAAUCCAUGCUUAACACUGAGAAUGCUCCAGUUGACGCUGAGGAACUGAAUGAAACAAAAAAUGACAUUGGCAACAGCUCUAGGACGAAAGUGAAAAAGAGUAAAGAAGAUGUAAAAUUAGAAAAUAUGGACCAAAUUGUAAUUAGAGAUGGUUCCAUGUACAGUUGUCUGAUAUGCUUGGAAAAGGAGAACAAGAUGACGGGGGAUGCAAAGACGGUUAUAAUGCACAUGAAAAACGUGCACGAGACUCGUUUGUAUAUUUGCGACGUGUGUGGGCAAGAUUUUCGAAAAAGGAACGAGCUGUCCGCGCAUCUCGAUGAUCAUGUGGCGAAGGAAGAGGGUGACUUUCAGUGCGAGAUUUGUAACCGGAUAUUCAGCAACCUGCGAUUAUUCCGGAUUCACAAAAGGAUACAUUAUCCACAGGUGAAAUCGUGGACCUGCGAGACGUGCGGCAAGAAAUACAGCUCGAAGAACCUGCUGAACGAGCACAUUAACGUGCACACAGGCGCACGGCCGUACUCUUGUGAAAUUUGCGGCAAGGACUUUGCGUCCAAGUAUACGUACAAAGCGCACGCGAAGACGCACGACGUGCGGCCGCGUCCGUUUCAGUGUAAUUUGUGUAACAAAACAUUUCUGAGCCAGCAAAAUCUUAAUCGACACGAGGAGACGCACAACGGCGUGAAGGGACACGUGUGCCAACAAUGCGGCAAGGCCUUUGGUUCUCCGUACAGCUUGGAGGUUCACAACAUCGUACAUUCUGGGUACAAGCCUUUCAAAUGUAGAAUAUGCGGCAAGGCGUUCGCUCGCAAAGCAGAGAUACGCGAUCACGAGCGCGUCCAUACGGGCGAGAAGCCGUAUCAGUGCGAGUUUUGCGGAUCGACGUUCAGCCAAAGAUCGAACCUUCAGUCCCACAAGCGGGCGACGCACUACAACGACAAGCGUUACAAAUGCGACGAGUGUGGUAAAGGCUUCAAGAGGAGAAGACUUUUAGAUUACCAUAUCAAAGCGGCGCAUACCGGUGAAAGACCGUACAAGUGCGAGUUGUGUUCAGCCAUGUUUGUAUACCCUGAGCACUUCAAGAAACAUAUGCGUAUACAUACAGGCGAGAAACCAUUUCAUUGCGAGGUAUGCGGUAAAGCGUUCAACAGCAGGGACAACAGAAAUGCGCAUAGGUUUAUACACAGCGACAAAAAGCCAUACGAGUGUCUGGUGUGCGGCGUGGGCUUCAUGAGGAAACCGCUGCUGUAUGCGCAUAUGCAAGCUCAGAACCACCUAAACGACACCAUAGUCGUGAAUCAGCCACGACUGACGACGACUGAGGAAGAGAAUCAAGUUAUAACGAUUCCGACCAACGCUACCAACGAAGUGUUGAUGGAGGAAACUGACCAGGAACAGGUAAACUUGGAAGCCAGCUUGUACGUGACCGAGUUGAAGGAUCAUGUAAUCAUACAUCAAGAAGAAGAAGAUCCGAUAUACACGGAGGAGGGAGUAUUGAAUAUACCCGCGGAAGAAAAUGUAGACACGGAAGUGGAUCACCUGGUCGUCGAGUCUCAGAUGGAUUUCACGGAGAACGAUAUUGGAGUUAAAAACGACACUGAUAUUGUGGAACAUGUCGAGGAGGUAUACAAUUAUAACGAGACCGAGGAGGCUCAGACGAUAGUCGUACCUGCCACUACGGAAUAUAAAGACAUGGAUGAUAAGAACGUGCGUUUGGUGCAGAUCAGAUUUCCAUCCAUCAACGAAGACGGCAGAAGUUGGCUGAGCUUAGUACAAAACACUUGAAAUGUUCACGUUCUAAUGCAGCUUGUUAGAGAAUAGGAUUGAAUUAAUAAGGGAGGUUUAUAUAAUAAAAUGUGUCGGAAUGAUUUUCAUGUCUGAAGUGGUUGAAUCUUUGUUGUAGUAUUUUCGCUGUACUUUCACUGAUAUCUGUACGUCAGGACGGGACAGCUUUCAUAUUCGUAUUGUGCUACAUAAAUCACAAUAAGUUCAUUUUUAAUACAAAGCCAAACUUGAAACUGUGCAGUUGAAACGAUCAAUUGUCCGGCACUUAAUUAAACAACACUUCUUUCAUUUUGUAUUUGGCAUGUUUCAUUUAUUAUGUUAUUUCUUAUAUAUACACAUUUCUUGUAUAUAUGUGUAUAUAUACAUGUGUUCCGAAUUUGAUUUUUAUGAAAUGUCGGUCUUUCCAAUAACCUCAAACCAUUGCCGCAGAGCGUCGCUAACACUGUGUGUUUGUCUCGGACAUUCAUGUAAAAUGGGAAUGGAAAGUCAUCCAUGCACGAGCGGAAUUCCACCAAUUUAUUUCCGUCAAACACGGGUUCACGAAUGGAGCACUCCAGUAUGGAGUGCUGGAAAGAACAGAUAGAUUAAUUCUCGCCGAUACGUAAUUAAGCCGAGUGAGGAAUAUCGCAACAUGUUAUAAUUAGCAACGCGUAGUAUCUUAAGGAUAUAAUUACCUUAUUUGAUGAAUUAUCAAGUAUUAUAAACAGCGUGAAGAUGUUGGCCAGUCUAGUUCUCCUCACGGCGCGAGUUACUUGUCGUAUUCCGACCGAGAAUAUCCUCAUCCGAUAAUAUCAUCAGUUUGGCGUUAUCGGAUGUGGUGUAUUGAUUCUCAGACGUGUCUACUGUAAAGUCCACCACUUCCGCAAACUUGGUACUCUUCUGGUCGUAUAUCUUAUCUCUCGUAUAAUACAGAGAUAAAAUUAUUAUUUAAAUAUGUUUCUGUUGGUUGCUUUUCCCGGAGAGUUCUUUGGAGUUCACGAAUUACCUUGAGAAGUUUGUCGCUGCUCCUUAUAAAUUCUCAAAUUACUUUUUAAAUAUUGGAAAAUUGAAAAUUAAUUACAAAAAUGAAUGCUGUCCUGUUCUACAUGUAAGGAUAUAUAUAUAUAUAUGCAUAUAUAUAUAUAUAUACAUGCGCAG